AUGACCGGGGAUGAACCUACAACCAACAGAUGGAUUUCGGAAAAACUUACGACGUGCUGGGAGGAGGCACAGCAGCUUCCUAAAGCAAAGCCGCAUGCAGAUCCUAGACAUCCAGUACCUAUACCAAGCCCAAAUGAACCAACUAAAGAAAUUAUAAACGUAGGGUCAGAAGACAUGCUGGAAAUAUCACCAUCAGAAAUUAAAUACACACUACAACAGAUGAAAAACGGCAAGAGCCCGGAAGAAGAUCGAAUAACACAGGAAAUGCUAAAGCUGGGUGGAAAAACACUAAUAGAGACAAUAGGAAUGCUGUUAAAUGACGACGAUCUUACAGACAGAAUAUCACUUGGCAAAGGAGUACGACAGGGGGAUACCAUCUCUCCCAAGCUGUUUCCCCAGCACCAGAAAAUAUAUGUUUUUAAGAAGCUCGAAUGGAAAAAUAAAGGCCUAAAGAUGGAUGGAGUAUACCGCAAUCACCUCAGAUUUGCAGACGAAAUAGUCUUAAUGAACAGCAACAUUCAGGCACUGAACAACAUGGUAGAUGAGCUAAACGAGCAAUCCAAGAAAACAGCUUUAAAAAUUUUCCUAAACAAGUACAAAAUAAUGAUCAAAAAUGAAUGUAACAUCACCAUAGACCACGUUCCCAUAGGGAAUGUAGAACACUACAUCUAG